GGCCUUCAUUGGCCGCUGUCGGGCGCACGUCACCCAGGCUGGUGCUCGACUCCAGCCCCAGUGGAAUUGAAGCCGAGGAGGAGCUGAAAAUGCAGAUUUAGCAUCAAGCACAGACAUACACUCGCUCUUUCUCUCCGGUACACACAGCUCCCCACAUUCGCACCCCUGCCAGCAAGCCGGGCCGCCUGACUACACAGCCUCCCCGCCAGCCAGAUGCUGGAGGAGAACACACACUGAUUUGCUGCUUUCCAAGCCCCAAUUCAGUCUUUCUUCAUACAAAGAUUUUUUUAAACAACAACAACAACAAAAAACUACAUAUCUAUUUUUUAUUUGCACCUUCCCCUUCGGGUCCCCUGCUCCACCAGCCUGCGCUCCUUCUAACCCCACUUUUCACUCCCAAAGAAGGAUGAAGGGUGGUUGUGGCUCCCAGUGGAAGGCAGCCGCUGGGCUCCUCUUCUGUGUCAUGGUUUUUGCAUCUGCCGAGAAACCAGUCUUCACGAAUCAUUUUCUUGUGGAGUUGCAUAAAGGGGGAGAGGAAGAAGCUCGCCAAGUUGCAGCAGAACACGGCUUUGGAGUCCGAAAGCUACCAUUCGCAGAAGGCCUGUACCACUUUUAUCACAAUGGUCUUGCAAAGGCCAAAAGAAGACGCAGCCUACAUCACAAGCAGCAGCUGGAGAGAGACCCCAGGGUAAAGAUGGCCUUGCAACAGGAAGGAUUUGAUCGAAAAAAGCGAGGAUACAGAGACAUCAACGAGAUUGACAUCAACAUGAAUGAUCCUCUUUUUACAAAGCAGUGGUAUCUGAUCAACACUGGGCAAGCAGAUGGUACACCAGGGCUUGAUUUGAAUGUGGCAGAAGCCUGGGAGCUGGGAUACACUGGGAAAGGUGUGACCAUUGGAAUUAUGGAUGAUGGAAUUGACUACCUCCACCCAGACCUGGCCUCCAACUAUAAUGCCGAAGCAAGUUACGACUUCAGCAGCAAUGACCCCUAUCCUUACCCUCGCUACACAGACGACUGGUUCAACAGCCACGGAACCCGAUGUGCAGGAGAAGUCUCAGCAGCAGCCAACAACAAUAUUUGUGGGGUUGGCGUAGCCUACAACUCCAAGGUUGCAGGUAUACGGAUGUUGGACCAGCCAUUUAUGACGGACAUCAUCGAGGCCUCCUCCAUCAGCCACAUGCCACAGCUGAUUGACAUCUACAGCGCCAGCUGGGGCCCCACAGACAAUGGGAAGACGGUGGAUGGGCCCCGAGAACUCACGCUUCAGGCCAUGGCGGAUGGUGUGAACAAGGGUCGCGGGGGCAAAGGCAGCAUCUACGUGUGGGCCUCUGGGGACGGCGGCAGUUAUGAUGACUGCAAUUGUGAUGGCUACGCGUCAAGCAUGUGGACCAUCUCCAUCAACUCGGCCAUCAACGACGGCAGGACAGCCCUGUACGACGAGAGCUGCUCCUCCACCUUGGCAUCCACCUUCAGCAACGGCAGGAAGAGGAACCCUGAGGCCGGUGUGGCCACCACAGAUUUGUAUGGCAACUGCACACUGAGGCAUUCUGGGACAUCUGCGGCUGCUCCAGAAGCAGCUGGUGUGUUCGCCCUGGCUUUAGAGGCUAACCUGGGCCUGACCUGGCGAGACAUGCAGCAUCUGACCGUGCUCACCUCCAAACGGAACCAGCUUCACGACGAGGUCCAUCAGUGGCGGCGAAACGGGGUUGGCCUGGAGUUUAAUCACCUCUUUGGCUAUGGGGUCCUUGAUGCAGGCGCCAUGGUGAAAAUGGCUAAAGACUGGAAAACCGUGCCUGAGAGAUUCCACUGUGUGGGAGGCUCCGUGCAGGACCCUGAGAAAAUACCAUCCACUGGCAAGCUGGUGCUGACCCUCACGACUGAUGCAUGUGAAGGGAAGGAGAAUUUCGUCCGCUACCUCGAGCACGUCCAAGCUGUCAUCACAGUCAACGCAACCAGAAGAGGAGACCUGAACAUCAACAUGACUUCCCCUAUGGGCACCAAGUCCAUUUUGCUAAGCAGACGUCCGAGGGAUGACGACUCCAAGGUGGGCUUUGACAAGUGGCCUUUCAUGACCACCCACACUUGGGGGGAAGAUGCCCGAGGAACCUGGACCCUGGAGCUGGGGUUUGUGGGCAGCGCACCCCAGAAGGGGGUGCUAAAGGAGUGGACUCUCAUGCUGCAUGGCACACAGAGUGCCCCGUACAUCGAUCAGGUGGUGAGGGAUUACCAGUCCAAGCUGGCCAUGUCCAAAAAGCAAGAGCUAGAGGAAGAGUUGGACGAAGCUGUGGAGAGAAGCCUGAAAAGCAUCCUAAAUAAGAACUAGUGCUGCACUUCUGCCUCCACCACCUCCUUCCCUUCCCAUUCUCUGCCUCUAUCCUUGCUUCACAUUUCUGGCAAGCACCUAGCAAUUACUGUCACCCCACACAAGCAAUUCCAUCUUCUUGAACUGCAGCUUUGCUCACUAUCAAUGAUUAUUUUCAUUACAAUGAAAGCAACCUUUUUUUUUCUAUGACCCAAAUAUAAUGUUCCCACUAACAUCUA